CAUAUGAAUUAUCAUCGCAAAAUAAUUGCAAGUUGCAACGCCGGCAAAUAAUAGAAAUACAAAUUUUGCCAGCAAAUUUGAUGACUUGAGGAUCUACACGUUUUAUUUUCAGCAAAUUGUUUCAUUUAAAUUGCAAUAAUGUUACUUAAAGGAGGGUUACUGGCAACAAAUGCAGUGAAGUCUCUAAUGAAACCCGCAUCCAUGCGAUUUACUGCCACCGCCAGCAAUGUAAAGACCGCUAUUCUUAUGUUAAAUAUGGGUGGCCCGCAGCAUACGGAUCAAGUCCAUGAAUACUUGUUACGCAUUAUGACUGAUCGAGAUAUGAUACAGUUGCCUGUACAAAGCCAAUUAGGUCCUUGGAUUGCACAACGGCGAACCCCCGAAGUACAAAAAAAGUACAAAGAAAUUGGUGGGGGCUCGCCUAUUUUAAAAUGGACAGAUUUACAAGGAGAACUAAUGUGUAAGGAGUUAGAUCGCAUAUCUCCAGAAACUGCACCACAUAAGCAUUAUGUGGGUUUUCGGUAUGUUAAUCCACUUACAGAAGAUACGCUGGUGCAGAUUGAAAAGGAAGCGCCCGAAAGAGUAGUGUUGUUCUCGCAAUAUCCGCAGUAUAGCUGUGCAACAUCUGGCUCCAGCUUUAAUUCCAUUUUUGCCCACUACCAGCAACAUUCCCUUCCAAAAAAUACAAGAUUUAGUGUGAUUGACCGUUGGUCAACUCAUCCUCUAUUAAUUAAAACAUUCGCCGAUCGCAUACGAGAGGAAUUAAAGAAAUUUGGUGAGACAAAACGGAACGAUGUUGUUAUCCUUUUCACUGCACAUUCACUGCCAUUGAAAGCUGUCAAUCGGGGUGACCCAUACCCAUCAGAGGUGGGCGCCAGCGUGCAUUUGGUUAUGCAAGAACUAGGGAAAUCGAAUCCAUAUACUUUAGCUUGGCAGUCGAAAGUGGGGCCUUUACCGUGGUUGGCGCCGGCUACCGAUGACACCAUUAGAGCUUACGUAAAACAGGGUCGUAAGAAUUUUAUCUUAGUUCCAAUUGCAUUCGUGAAUGAGCACAUUGAAACUUUACAUGAAUUGGACAUCGAAUAUUGCGAUGAAUUGGCUAAAGAGGUAGGUGUGGAGGAGAUAAGGCGUGCUGCUGCACCAAAUGAUCACCCACUUUUCAUUAAGGCCUUAAGUUCAAUAGUAGCGGAACAUCUAAAUGAUAAACAAACUGUAAACCCUAAGUUUUUGAUGCGUUGUCCAAUGUGCGUUAAUCCGCGGUGCAGAGAUAGCAAAGAUUGGUAUAGACAAGUGUGCGCUUAAUAAGCCUUCAAGCUUAGUUAUAACGGAAUUAUGAAAAGUUCAUAUCAGCCCGUUUAAAAUAAGUGUCACAAAUGUUGAUAUAAGAGACUAUUUCUGAUGUUGCCUUGAGUACCUUGAUUAUAAGAAAAUGUUACUGUUAAAUUUGAUUAAAAUGCCUUCAUUAAAAUCGCGAUACGCUAGAAAUCACUAUACUCAAAGAUAAAAUUCGACUUUGAUUUAAUAUUUGUUUUGUUUAGCACCAUACAUGACCCGCAACCAGCACGAAUCUGCACCUAAUUUGGUACACACAUUGUGCUUGACCUCCUUAAGUAUCAUCUAAUUUUUAAAAUUGGUAAAAGGCAAACUUCUUCAUACUAAAAAUUCGCUGGCAUCAUUGGCUCGAUUGCGUCAUUGGAACAAGUCUAGAAUACCAGCUGUUUAGUUAGAAGAAAACCAAAAAUGCGGAUCGAUAGAACUUUUUCAUUUAUUUCAAUCUAAAUAUAAGAGGUUAAAGUUCAACUUUUAAAUUUUGUAUAUGUAUGUAUAUCUCGGAAACUACUCGAAUGAUUGGAAAAAUAUUGAUGUAAAUCUGUAGAUAAUCUAAAUACCUUUUAUGCGACGUAUAUACCAUAACCAUGUUUAAAACCAAUUUUAGAAAAAGGACAAUUAAAAAAA